CUUCUUCAAAAAAAAAAAAAGAACUAGUCCAUUCUUCUUCUCUAAGCAAAACAAACAUGGGAAUUUCAUGGAGUAAAAGGCAGCAAAAUCACCACCACCCCCGCCCAUCAACACCACUACCACCAUCUUCUUCUACUCCACCACCCUUUCCCUCUUUUUCUCCACCACCACCACCACCACCCCACCCACCCUACUCCUUUCCCCUACCCCCACCACCCCACAACGUGGGCCCCAGUAAUUAUUACCCCUAUCAUGCUAAUUACAGUCAGACUGGUAAUUAUGGUGGUACUAGACCACCACCACCACCACCUGUAGUCUAUCAAAAUCAUAAUUAUCCUCCUUAUUAUCGUCCUCAUAGUAAUAAUGGAUGGGGUUUAGGGUUUAGGCCUCCAGUGCCGUAUGUGGAUCACCAAAACGCAAAGCAGAUUAAGAAUGAUGUUAAUGUUCAUAAGGAUACUAUAAGGCUUCAAGUUGAUGAGCUCAAUAAGGAUUUCCAUUUGGUUUCUUUUACUUUUGAUGCCCUUGUUGAUGGAAGUAUCACCAUUUUCUACUUUGCUAAGGAAGGGGCCAACUGCAAAUUCAGUCCAGUAUAUCCUGAAAUCAAGCCUUGUCAAAUACCAUUUAAAAAAGGACUGGGCCAAAAGUUUUGCCAGCCUUCAGGAACUGGAAUUGACCUGGGCUUUUUUGACGUCAAUGACCUAUCAAAGCCAUCCCAAGGAGAAGAAAUUUUCCCGCUUGUUAUAUCAGCAGAGUCAUGUCUGCCGUCUACACCAACGGAUGAGAAGUAUGAUGGGAAAUCACAGGAUAAGUCUCCCCAUUCACAGAUAACUGAAGCUGUGCUAGUGAAGGAUAAUGAGGAUCAUUUUCAAGUCAAGGUGAUCAAGCAGAUUUUAUGGGUUGAAGGAGUUCGCUAUGAGUUGCGAGAGAUUUAUGGGAUCAACAAUUCAGAUGAAACUAACCUCAAUAAUGAGGAGUCAGGAAAAGAAUGUGUAAUUUGCAUGACUGAGCCGAAAGACACGGCAGUUUUGCCAUGUAGACAUAUGUGUUUGUGCAGUGAGUGCGCCAAAGAACUGAGGCAUCAAUCAAAUAAGUGCCCUAUAUGCCGCCAACCCAUUGAGGAACUUUUGGAGAUUAAGGUCAAUAAUGAAGGUACACCUAGAUCAUAAAGUUUAAAAUGCAGUGUUUAAUGGCGUCAAAACUAAUCUAAACAUUUCUUAUGAACACGGAAAUUUUAUGCAGUAUCUAAUGACUGACGUAAGAGGCUCUAUUUCUUCCCUUUCUGCUUUGCCUUUCUGCUUUGUAGUGUCAUCAUAAGCUGGGAAGUUGUGAUAGCCCAGAAUUGUAACAAGUCCAAGGUUUGCUUUUCGGUCUUUUAUUCAGCCUGUGAUUGUAUAGCACAGAGAUUGUACAUAAUGCGGUGUGAAUAAUAGAAGUUUUUGCCAACAUUUUCACCUUUUUGUUAAAGGAAAAUUUAGACUUAUCUUUCA